CAGCAGACUGCUUCUUAUAUGAAUGGUGGGGACACUACAUUAAUGACUAGGACCUGUGGGCAGCUCUUCCUGCUGUUGUUCGUCGUGCUGAGUGACGUGGGACGACACAGGAAACUUUAACACAGUUCCUGUUAAGCAGAGCCAGGUGGUUUUUGUGAAUCAGCUUUCGUGGAGAGUACAAAUUCCUAUCGGGGUGGAUUCACUUUAUUCUGUAUCCUCUGUCUCUCCGCCUCUGCUUUAUUCUCUCUAUCUCGGUCUCCCUCCCUCGCUCUCUCUCUAUCCUUCUCUUACUCCCACUCGCCUGUGAAAGUACUAUAUCGGCAAGAGCUCUAUGUUGCAGAGGGACGAUCAUUGGCAAAAGACACAAUAAAUGCGAUUAAAGUUAGCCAUCGUGGCCAGACAACCAACUCCGGAGAAACGUUGAAAAUGGCGGGCCAUGUUCCGGGGAUCAAAGAAUGAAGUGCCUGGGAACUUUUCUGGAAGUGUUGUACCCCUGUGAUUGUGUCUGUGUGCUCAGGGAGGCUAUUUUGCAAAGCGAGACCAAUCAUUUCUCUUGAUUCCCUGACUGAGAGCUGGCUGACAGAUGAGGACAGAGUGAGCGAACCCCUCUAUUAGGACCUGAUAUAUUUCCCAAACAAUUUAGUGUAUUCAUGAGGCAAUGCAAAUGUGGAAGCAGCAAAAUGACCGUAAUCAAUUGAAACAGCGAGCGUGUCGAUCCAUCGCUCUGAUUAUUUGGAGAUCAUCUAUCAGCCUGAUGUGUAUGUAACAAGGCGAGGUGGCAUUAAAUCGCUUUUAAGUUUCAGUGAUAAGUCCAUGAUCAUUGGGCAAGUGAGUUGGACAAUGAAAAUAGGGCACCUUGGCAGGUGAGGUAAGCGCUCCCCGAGCAUUAGGUAGGUGACUCUCUGGUCUAAAAGGUGCUGUGUUAAAACAAAGCCACAGUGUUGAGACAACACAACGCGCAAUACUCUCUGCAAUCCCUUUUUUCAUCUGACAAAGGAAAGAAAGUGGGGGAGGAAAGAAAUAUCGGAGAGGAUAAGUGAUUAUGGAGGUCAGAUACAACCAGGAGACAGAACCGGGGAUGGGGCUGAAGAACGGACUAAAGGAUGGGAAAGACAGCAAGGAUUCCCAGGGAAACCUUUCCAAAACCUUCCUAAAGAAUCAGCAGGAGUCCUUCUCACCAUCUGGGAUGGCGGAAAACUGUGAGAAGAACCGAGCUAGCACGGGGGACCCAGACUACUGCCGUAGAAUACUCGUCAGAGAUGCCAAAGGGUCUAUACGAGAAAUCAUUCUGCCAAAGGGACUGGAUUUGGACCGUCCCAAACGAACCCGGACCUCUUUCACUGCAGAGCAACUCUAUCGUCUGGAGAUGGAGUUCCAGAGGUGCCAGUAUGUGGUUGGGAGGGAACGAACAGAGCUGGCCCGCCAGCUAAAUCUAUCUGAAACUCAGGUUAAAGUUUGGUUCCAGAACCGACGCACAAAGCAGAAGAAGGACCAGGGCAAAGAUUCAGAGCUGCGCUCGGUGGUGUCGGAGACGGCAGCCACCUGCAGUGUAUUAAGACUCCUAGAGCAGGGCCGGCUCCUCACGCCGCCAGGUCUGCCGGGGCUCCUGCAGCACUGUGGCAACGGCACCUUGAGUGUCGCCCUGCGAGGGCCCUCCAUGGGCAUGGCCAGCAAUGGAAGCAGCAGCAGCAGCAGUGGUGCCAGCUCAGGGACGGCCGGGGGCAGUCCCCCUCUGCCCAUAGUGACCAGUUCAGGGACGGUAGCGGGCCUUCAGAGCUCCCCGUCAGCUCAUGGCCUGUUCAGCUUCCCCAUGCCCUCUCUGCUGGGAAGCGUGGCCACCCGCAUGUCCUCCAACCCGCUUUCUAUGGCCGGGAACCUACAGGAACUGUCUGCCCGCUAUCUGAGCUCUUCUGCUUUUGAACCUUACUCACGGACAAAUGGCAAGGAGAGUAUGGACAAAAACGUUUUCGAAUGAUGUUUUUGAUUCGUUUCAUUGCUCUCCUUGCUUUUUAUCACCUUGGUUUUGUUUGUUUCGCCCUCUUCUGUCCUGUUUGUGUUGUGGUUGUCGUUCAUGUGAAUCCAAUUGAGCAUCUGAUGCCUCUCGGAGGGAGGAAAACAAAGACAUACAUUUCAUUCUUACAAGAACAGGGUGAUUGUUUUUAAGCUUUUGCACUAAAUUAAAGUUUCAACUCCAUGUUGUGAAUUUCAAUACAAGUACUCAGAGAAACAAAUAUCCAUGAGAUUGCAUAGGGGCAGCAUUGCAUUUUUUUUGCAACAUUUUCUCACAUUUAUUUUGCCGCAAUAGCAAUCACAAAAAGAGCAACAAAAAUGAGUCUGUUUAUGUUUUGGUAACACAUCACACAUGUUUAGCUGCUGCAGGUAAUUGGCACAUUACACACAAAGCUUUUCAGUGAUUGGCCAUGGGUGUAACAUGAUGGUACCUUUUUGAUUUUGUGUUUUAUUAUUUGAUUGUUUUGGUUAGACAGUGUUUCGAAGUAGAGAGUUAUCAAGCAUUACAGCUUGCGGAGUUCAGGUGACAGACUGUCAGUUCAGGAUGGCAUGGUGAACUUGGAGUUCGGCCCUUGUCAAACAUGACAUUUCAGUUUACGGAAAUAUCACAGGUCUCUUUUUCUAUUUGCAGAUACUCAUGAGGAACACAGGCAUUUAACAUACAAAUGCAUUUACAUAUGCAGAUGUUUUGCAAUAUGAAACUACAAUAACAGUAUUUUAUACCAGUUUGUAUUUGUUUUUAUGUUUGGGCCAAAACAAACUAAAGAAAAAUGUUGUCAUACAGUAUGAUAGUUCAAUUGUUCUGUGCUAGUUGUUUUAUAAAUGGGUUUGUGAGGGUUUUCCCAAUAUGAUUUUAAACACAGUCUACAUUUGUAACUUUUAUGUCUUAAAGCUGCAGUAUUCCACUUUUUCGUCUGUGAUUUUAAGAAUACUGGAGUGGUAGUCCAGAUUUCCAUGUAAGAGUUGGAGAAAAGCUUGGACGUGUGGGGUUGGGCAAAGGGAGGACGGAGGAAAGGGUUCUGGAAAAGCUUUUGAACUACAGUAAGCAGCUUGCAUAGUUGGAUAUAGAGAAUUGAACUUGAUGCUACACGAUUGAAAACAGUGCAGAAGGUUUUGCAAUCUUUUAAGACCUUUUCCCGUGUGAAAUGUUUUAAGAUCAGUCACCAUGGCGGGAGGUUUAGUAGGAAAGGAGCAUGAGGUGAGUGAAAUUACUGUAGUACAAAAGAAAGACAAAUGAGAAUUGUACCUAAAAUUGUUAUUUUAUUGUAAAUUAUUAAUGUCCGUAAUUAAUAGAUGAUUAGUAUGUAUAUCUGAAAAAUAAUGAAUGAAUGAAUGAAUGAAUGAAUGUAAGGGAGGAGGUGAUAAAUCAAUCAAAGCUCUUUGGUGCUGUUGUUGUGAAAUAACUUGAACUUCGUGACAUGUGUGGUAAGAGUGUGGAUACAUAUUAUAUACAGUAUAUAUGCCUACCAAAAAAGCCACGUGUGUUUUUUUGUUUGUUCAUACAUUCAUCAUGAUGAUAAUCCAGUUAUGAUUAAAAAAAAGGCCAUGUUGUACCUUCAUUGACAAUGGGUUCGAAUAGCAGUUUACUUAAAAAAAAAAAAAUAUUCAAAUGAAGUGUUAUGCCCUAUGGAGAGGACCUUUGUCUGUAUUAUUCUAGGUAGCAACUGAAAGGUUGCAAGAUCGAAUCCCCGAGCUGACAAGGUCAAAAAUCUGUCGUUCUGCCCCUGAACAAGGCAGUUAACCCACUGUUCCUAGGCCGUCAUUGAAAAUAAGAAUUUGUUCUUAACUGACUUGCCCAGUUAAAUAAAAGUACAAAAAAAUUUAAAAAAUAAUAACCAGGGUCGUGUUAAAUAGUAGCAUGCGUGUUUGAGGGGAGUGUUUUUGUUUGCUAUCUUACUCUAACCCUAACAGAAACCCUAACCAUAACCUCUAGCUCAUGGGAAAAUGUACACACAUUCAAAAAUGUGAUUGAGGCAGCGAAGGAGGCUAGGGAAGUGAUAUUGAAAAUAUGGUUUGACUCAACUCUGUAAAGUUUCGGUACUAGAUGGGCUUCGUUGAAAAAUGACAAUUGUUAAUUAAGAGAGCUACUGUAUAGAACUGUCAAAAUGGACACUGGAAAAACUUUGUCCGGAAGCCAAGCUAUGCAGCGAAAAUGACAUUUGCAAUGUCUGUACAUAAGAACCCUUGGAGGCCUUUUCAAUAGUAGUGUUUUCUAUGGAAUAGGAAAAAAUCCCACUCUGGCCUAUGAAAAGAAUUGAGCUAAACCAUUCAAAGCAACAAAAAAAAUGUCACACAAGGAGGGGAAUUGUCUCUUGAAAAAGCAGUUGCAGUGGUCAAAACCAUGGAAGUCUGGGCACAAAAAAAAUGGGGAUGAAUGUGAUGAUCGCAACAAUAAAGGUCAUAAAGGGUGUCCAAACAAAUAAGCACACAGCCCACCAUGUGGAUUAAUGGCAUAAUGCUCCUGGAAUGGCUACCACUCUACCCUACUAUAUGUAGUGUACGACUGUGUGUCGUACAGCUUAAUGUUUGAGUCAAUGGAAAUAACAUAAAAAUAUGAUUGUAUUAGAAAUUCAAUAUAAGAAAUGUAUUAGUGUUAGCCAAGUUCAUUAAGUUGCACUUGUAUCAAACUGGUGUCAAACUGUCAUAUAUUCAAAAAUUCUAUGGGCCUCUUUUGUCAAAUCAACAAUUUAAAUAUGGACCAGUACAAAGAGCAUGGAUACAAAUGACAUGGAAUUUCUACCAGUGAUUCAUAAAUGAAGAAGAAAUAAUCCAAUAUGGCGGAAGUUCUGGUUCCACUUUGGACAUUUACACGGAACAAAAAUGUAAACGCAACAUG